CGAAACUUUGUCCGAAGUCGACGGGCGCGGACGUACGGCGCGUAUUAAUAGCCACCGCGUGCGGUCACCGCAAGCGAACGCUGAACGCUGCGAGGGCGGCCUGAACCACUCGCACCGAGUGCCGUGCGCCACGAGUCGCACUACGGCCGCGAUCCCGGGCGCACGCAUCGCGCUUGCACCCCACGCGCGAACACGCGCCGACCUCAACUGACGAAACAAAUCUCAAAACCGAACUGUAAAUAACUAAAAAAAGAACUCACCGACCGAGUUGAAAGUGAGAGGGACGUGCGUGCGUUCGUCGCGUAAAUACGCGCCGCGCAAAAAGUGCCGCCGUCAGUGAAAACUAGGGAAAAGUUUUUCGCCGCGUACGGGGGAGCCACCCCUCUACGCCGGAAAAAAUCGGCCCCUCUCAUCCCUCGCCCGCCCGCCGCCGAACUUUUCAUUCACCGGGGAAAAAAGUGUGGCAAGGCCGCCCGUGACGUCACCGCGUCAAGUGGCCACGCGCGCGUUCCCUAGCAACGAGUUGUCACUUGUCGUCAUCCUCGUUUGUCGGAAGCGGGAGCGACAGUGGACCGGGAGUGAGUCCUGGUCACGCGUGAUGAUGAGUGCCGCGAGUGAGGACGAUGUGCGGGCGCGGUGAACACCGGCGAGGUGCAGUGUGCAGUGACAUGUAGCGGUGGUGCCGACACAGUGGACUCUAUGUGCAGCACGCAGCGCGCGCGGGUGUCGAGGAUGCACCUGACGGGCGCGAGCAGCGGCGCCGUGUCGCCCGACACCAGCUCCACGCUGCUCCACGAGACCUACACCAAGAUGACGUCGGAUAUCUUGGCUGAGCGGACCCUGGGGGACUUCUUGUCGGAGCAUCCUGGGGAGCUCGUGAGGACCGGCAGCCCCCAUUUUGUUUGCACAGUACUGCCGCCGCACUGGCGGUCCAAUAAGACGUUGCCGGUGGCGUUCAAGGUGGUGGCGCUGGGCGACGUCGGCGACGGCACGUUGGUCACAGUGCGCGCCGGCAACGACGAGAACUGCUGCGCGGAGUUAAGGAACAGUUCUGCGGUGAUGAAAAAUCAGGUGGCAAAGUUCAACGAUUUGAGAUUCGUCGGCCGCAGCGGUCGCGGCAAAUCGUUUACGUUAACGAUAACGAUAUCGACGACGCCGCCGCAAGUCACCACUUACAACAAGGCCAUCAAGGUGACGGUGGACGGGCCCAGGGAGCCGCGGUCUAAGACCAUGUUGUCGCUCCUAGGGCAGCAGCAGCAGUUCCACUUCGCGUUCGGUCAGCGGCCGUUCCCCUUCCCGCCGGACCCGCUCGGGGGGUUCAGGAUGCCUCCCAUCACCACGUGCCAAAACAUGAGCCAGUUCGGGCUGAGUUCGAGUAACUCGCACUGGGGGUACGGCAGCGCGGGCGCGUAUCCGGCCUACUUGCCGUCGUGUGCCGCCCCUGCCGCCUCCCAAUUCAACCCCCCAGCGCUGGGCUUUGCUGGGACUGUACCUGAUCAGACGCCUACGCAAGACUUUACUGCUAAUAAUACAGUUCUACCGGACACGACAGGCGUGGACUUAGACCAGCAACUGUCGGGGCUGGUGGGCUCGUCCCCCUCUCACCACGGCACCCUGCUGCCACGCUACAACAACAACACUGACUACAGUCUGUCAACAGGCCCGCGCUCUCUUAGCGACAACAGCUCGCAACCCGAAUCACCGGUGCAGGACGAUCUGCUCACUUCAAACACAUCGACAAACAUCGGCCACAAUCACUCGAACAGUUCAAACUUCCCCUCACUAAUGGGAUCGCAAAACUCCUCGUACGGUACUAGCAACUGCAACAAUUCACUAUAUCCGGUGCUGCCUGCGAGCUUACUAUACAGCCAAUUGUACACGGCGGCGAAUCAAACGCACAAUUUCCAUCCGUUACAUUCAAAUUCUAUACAUUCGACUCAGAACCAUCACAACGAACUGCAGACGAUGAUGGAUCAGAUUUCGUCGACGACUAACAACCAUAGACAGCAUGGGAACGGACAGGAUUUAUUGCUUGGUGGUGGGAACUCUUGUGCGGCGGCCGCGGCCAGGGGUGAAGAUGGCCGGGUGAACAACCUCGGACAACGAGGCAACCCUCAACCGGACAGCAACACCGUGUGGCGACCCUACUAAAAACAAUGUGACGCUUCUUUCUUAAUGACUAAGGAAAAUCGAUUAACUGACUAUUAGAUUCGAAAUCGAUUGUUAAAUUACACGAAGUGCAAUCCGAAAAAGAAAGGAGUUGUCAUAUAUCGAUAAAUAAAAUGUUGCAACGAAAUAGAUUUUCGACGAUACGUGAUUGUUGUGUAAUAUACGAAAUACGAAUGAUAUCGAUUAGUGAAAUUUCGUUUUAUGAAGUUCGCUCCCGUCCGAAAUUAUGCUAAUUUUGAGGUGAAUGUCAAAAGUGUCAUGUGUAAAAUAUGUAUCGUAACCAUUUAUGUUUCGAUGUGUCCUUAAUUCGUUGAGUUUGAAACGCGACAUUUAGAAACAUGAAGUUAUUUGAAAAACUACAAAUUUUUGUCGAUAGAUGCAUUCAUGUUUCCUUUGUCUUUGGUAUAAUAAAAAAUGUAAAUAACCUGUGAAUAUAAUUUGUUGUAAAAAUGCAUCUUGUAAAGUGCAACGGACGUGCAAUUAAAGUUGAGUAGAUGUAUACAUAAUAGUUGUAAGUAUAGGUAUCUGUUAUACGACGUGUCCAGGUGUAGAUACAAAUUUAGAUAUUCGUCAAUAAUGUUCAAUAUGUUGUGUUAAUGUAUUAUCGUUUGCAAUUUAUUUAAUACAGUUUAAGCAAGUUUUGUUAUUUGUGGAGACAGGAUAAUGUGCGAUAAAGUUACAACUAAUGAUUUUAUACCGUGCCAUGAUUAAAAAAGAGAUAUUACAUAAGAAUUUCCACAACCAACAAAACAAUCUUUACAAGCGACGUUAGUUGUGUUUUACCAAGUCAAGAAUUUCUUGUUAUUUCGAAAUAAAAGUUAUUACUAUUGUAAAACAAUUUUCAAAGAAUCGUAUACGAUCGAGUAAAUACAUGUAAAUACAUAAAAAAAUGCCAAUUUUAUCAAUAUCGGGAUUUGUCCAGACAGAAUUAAAUUUAGAUUUUAGAACCAAAACAAAAAACAAUAACAAUAAUUAUUUGGCACAUUAUCUUGUCUCGACAAUUUAAAUCCGUCGUACUAAUCGCAUAUAAACAAUUUAUUUGCUAUAAAUGUCUAAUUUAAGUUAUAAAAUAUUCGCUAAUACGAGCGACGGAUCGAUUGUUUUACCUGAUUAUCGUGCAAUAUUAAAUGUACUUAUGUUAAAAUAACAAAUUUAACUUGCAUAGCAACCGAUUUAUUACAGCUUGUCGUGGCAAUUAUUUCUGUUGAGGGUAGAGAAAUUCAUUUUACAUUAAAUAA